AUGGGCGGCGACCCCGCCCUGGCCCCGGAGGCGAGGCCGGUGGAGGACCUGUCGGCGCCGCCGCCGCCCGCCGCGUUGCCGGGAGCGGGCCAGGACUGGAGCAAGGGCCCUCCGACCAUCAAGUUCUACAUGUACCGGGCGUCGAGCUCCAGCUCCUUCCCCCUGUCGAACGUCAACACUGGGGAUCUCGCAGGAGUCAUGUGGUAUCUGCACAAUGAGAUCGUCGGUUCGCCGCAUAGAAAGUACGGCAUCGACAGAAUCAGGAGAUACAAGAUGACCUUCAGGCCCGUGGUGGAGUUCUGGAACGUCCACCACUCCAACUUCGCGCCGUUUUUCGCCUUCGACGCAGCCCAGUGCACGUCGGAUGACUGCGAGAAGAUUUACAGCAAGUACGGCUUCCUCUCCGGGUGCCAGCCGGUGACGCCGGGCAGGUCCGCGUAUCAGUCAGAGGCCAACUCGCUGAUCCCCGAGCGCUGCAAUGAGCCCGCCCCCGCGCGGGCGGGGGGGCGCAAAGAGUCGGAGAGGCGCCCGUGCGCGCACGCAGCAAUGGCGACCAUUUGCUGCGUGCCCUCGUCGCCCUGCGGCAGACUGGGCGGCGCCGUCGGGAAGGACGCGGCGGACUGCCGCCUCACCGCCACGUCGGAGGCCUGCCAGGAGCCCAAGGAGCUCGUGCAGCAGGCCUUGGAGGCGCUGCCCGCCAGCAUGAGCCCAGGGCAGUGCCGCCAGGCUAGGGCCCACGUCGGUCCGAUCGACCCGGCUCGACCUCGCGCGGGUCUGGUCCGAUCCGGCUCCGCUGCUCUGACGAUCCGAUGCGGCCCGACGAUCGCGCGGCGCCUGUUGUGUGCAUCCUGGCGCGGCCGAUCCGGUUAG